CUCUCUCGCUCCAAGCUUACUUAUUUUCGCUAGCUGCUCUUAUUCUUUUUAUUUUUACAUUUUGGCUUUGCGGAAACCACAACGAAGCUUGAAAAAACCCAGAGCAGAAAAAGAAACCUAAGAAAGGUCAUCGAAAGCCCUAGAAGAUACGGGAAAGAGAGAAAGUCAAGGGGUUUUUUGAUCCUAAAUGGCGCUAUAGCCCUUCUCUUUUUAUCCUCUCUAACAAAAUUUCUUUUUUUUGUUGAGCUGCUCUGCCCCUCUCCCUCUCCCUCUCCCUAUUCCUCUCCUCUGAGGAAGGUGUUUUCUAAGAAGAUUGCUUGUAAUUUUUUUUUUUAAAUUUGGAUUCAAUCGAAUCUUCAGGCUCUAGCUGAUUUGUUGGUUCUACAAUCACGCCAUGGUUGCCACAGCAGCUGCUUCAUCAUUUUUCCCAGUUCCUUCACCACCUGGAGAUGCCAAGUUCUCCAAGGGUGGUAGUGGUUCUGCAAGUUUGGGAGGAAUCAAAUCGAAAUCUGCUUCCUCUGGAGCUUUGCAGGUUAAGGCAAAUGCCCAAGCUCCUCCGAAGAUAAAUGGCUCUCCAGUUGGCUUGACAGCAUCAGUGGACACUGCAAAGGAGGAUGUUGUCUCAUCACCGGCACCCCGGACAUUUAUCAACCAAUUACCUGAUUGGAGCAUGCUUCUUGCUGCAAUUACAACCAUGUUUUUGGCAGCAGAGAAGCAGUGGAUGAUGCUUGAUUGGAAACCAAAGCGAGCUGACAUGCUUAUUGAUCCCUUUGGUAUUGGAAGAAUUGUCCAAGAUGGUCUUGUCUUCAGCCAGAAUUUCUCAAUUAGGUCAUAUGAAAUUGGUGCAGAUCGUACUGCGUCUAUAGAGACGUUGAUGAACCAUUUACAAGAAACAGCACUUAAUCAUGUUAAGACUGCUGGGCUUCUUGGAGAUGGAUUUGGUGCAACCCCAGAGAUGUCCAAAAGGAACCUGAUAUGGGUGGUAACUCGAAUGCAGAUUCUAGUCGAUCGUUAUCCUACAUGGGGUGAUGUUGUCAAUGUGGAUACUUGGGUGAGUGCGUCAGGAAAGAAUGGUAUGCGCCGUGAUUGGCUUGUCCGUGAUGCUAAAACUGGUGAAACUCUUACAAGAGCCUCCAGUUUGUGGGUGAUGAUGAAUAAAGUGACAAGGAGGUUAUCUAAAAUUCCUGAAGAUGUUCGAGGUGAAAUAGAGCCUUAUUUUCUGAAUUCUGAUCCUGUUGUGAAUGAGGACAGCACAAAACUGCCAAAACUUGACGACAAGACAGCGGACUAUAUCCGCAAAGGCCUAACUCCUAGAUGGAAUGAUUUAGAUGUCAACCAGCAUGUUAACAAUGUGAAGUACAUAGGCUGGAUCCUUGAGAGCGCUCCUCCCCCAAUCCUGGAGAGUCAUGAGCUUGCUGCCAUUACUUUGGAGUACAGGAGGGAGUGUGGCAGGGACAGCGUGCUGCAGUCCUUGACUGCUGUAUCUGGCGCUGGCAUUGGAAAUUUGGGCGGUCCUGGUAAGGUUGAGUGUCAACAUUUGCUGCGACAUGAGGAUGGUGCUGAGAUCGUAAGGGGAAGGACUGAGUGGAGGCCGAAACAUGCCAACAAUUUUGGCAUGAUGGGUGGUCAGAUGCUAGCUGAUGAGAGUGGUGCUUAAACAUUGAGAAAGCUUGUGGCUGGAAUGGCGUCAGUCUCCUUGCCACGUGUCACUUUACUUGUGUAGAAUCAUACCUGUUGGAGUCGCGGAUACACUUUAAUUAAGGUGUAUGUAUUUAUAUAUAUAUAUAUAUAAUAUUUUUUUCAAUUUCUUGGAUAAAUGAAAGCUGUAAGCUCAUUGGAUAA